AUGUCGUCCAAAGCGCCAGUCAAUCAUGGAUUGCGGCGACUCAACCUGGGUAUUGUUAUGAUGCUCUCGGCGUCGGCGACAUCGGGAUAUAACGCCAGCCAGAUCAACAGCUUACUUGUUCUUCCUCAGUUCACCGAAUUUCUCAGUGUCCUCAGCUCCAGUGCAGAGGGUCUUGUGAUUGCUGCCGUCUCCCUGGGAGCUUUUCUUACCUUCGUUCCUGCUGCCUAUGCUGCCGAUAAAUUGGGCCGAAAGAAGGCCGUCCUGAUCGGAUCCACAUUAUGCAUCAUUGCAUCGAUUAUCCAGACAGCAGUCAAGCACCCCUGGGUGUUUUUCGCGGCUCGUGUCCUGACAGGCUCUGGUGUGGCCUUUUCCCAAACAGCAGCACCGCUAUUGAUCGCCGAGACAGCUUAUCCCAGCCAACGGCCAACUCUGACCGGUCUUUAUAAUUCGGUCUGGUUUUGUGGGUCAAUCACAGCGGCUGCGAUUGCUUUUGGGACUCUGACCAUCGACAACAGUUGGUCCUGGAGAGUUCCAUGUCUGCUGCAGGUGUUGUAUCCGAGUCUGCAACUGGUGGCUCUUUUGAUCAUUCCAGAGAGCCCAAGAUGGUUGGUUUCGAAGAACCGACAAGGAGAAGCUUUGGCCAUGCUCACUCGAUACCACGGCAAUGGAGAUAUUCACAAUGAGAUGGUCCAAGAGGAAUACGAUCAAAUCUGCGCAAGCAUUCACGCAGAGGCGGAUCAGAAAGCGGCCUCUCAGUGGAGUGCCUUUUUCAAGACCCGGGGUGAUAUCCACCGCCUCGUCAUCUGUAUUCUUCUGGGUUUCAUGCAGGAAUGGACUGGUAAUGGUGUCACGUCUUAUUAUCUUCCGCCCAUCCUCGCUUCAGUCGGCAUCACCAAUGCUGUUCACGAAGCCGCCGUCAAUAUCAGUCUUCAGUUCUGGAACCUGAUCUUCGCCGUGUCUGGUGCCAGUCUAUCCAAUCGAGUCGGGCGACGAACUCUUUGGCUGGGUGCGACCUCUGUCAUGAUCAUCUUCCUAGCGGCGGCCACCGUCAUGAGUGGUAUCUUUUCACAAAUGCACAUCAUCCAAGCGGGUAUUGCCGUUGUGCCCCUGCUCUUCUGUUUCAACGCCGCCUUCGACUUUGCAUAUAUGCCUCUGUUCAUCGCAUACCCGGCCGAGAUUCUACCGUUCCAGCUUCGGGCAAAGGGUCUGGCCGUCACCCUCACCACCGAUUCCCUGGCCUGCUUCUUCAAUCAGUACGUCAAUCCAGUUGCGUUUGCGGCACUUCGCUGGCGAUACUUCAGUAUCUAUGUCGGCUGUCUCGUUGUUGUCAUCGCCCUGGUCUACUUCUUCUUCCCCGAGACCCAAGGGCGGUCUCUCGAAGAGGUGGCGCAGAUCUUUGAAACUCCCAAACUCAAGGACAAGGAAGCAAACAUGAGCGACUCGGACGUGUCCAAAAGCUCCUUCGUGAUCAAGUACGAAGAAUAG